AAACUCUUCGACUAGUAGGUUGUACAUUUCCGCGACCAAUUUUUUAUAUACAUGAUCUUUGCCUCCCUUCCUCUGCAAAGACACAGUCCGGGUACAUCCAGUAUCUCGCAAUCGUGAUCCUCUGUUCUUAUUCGGCUUCUCAGCAUGGCUCGUGGCAGGGGUGGCAGAGGAGCACCGUUCCGCAGGGGACGGCCGACUUCUCAGAGACCUCAACAAGCGCCAGGCUACUCGCCGAAUGGACACCAGCAACAACAAACCGCAGUGUCAGCCGUCCCCAAGCCUCCCCCGCCGUCCAUCGCCGUUCCGCAAGAUACACCGCGAUUUGGUGAUCUUCGUGGCAAGAAUCUCCUCAAUCCCACCAUCAUCGAUACGCUCACCAACGACUUCGGCUUCGACCACAUGAUGCCCGUGCAGGCAGCGACACUAGAACAUCUCUUACAGGGCAAAGACUGUUUGGCGCAAGCAAAGACUGGAACAGGCAAGACGUUGGCGUUUCUGCUCCCGGCAGUUGAUACCAUUUUGAAAAACAGAACGCAACGCCUGUCGGCACUGAUCCUCUGUCCUACGCGAGAGCUUGCGCUACAGAUUGCGGCCGAGGCCAAGAAACUCGUGCAGCGAUUUCCGCAACUCAAGAUCGCUUGUUCCAUCGGAGGGACGAACAAGACCGCCGAAGCGCAAGCCAUCUAUCGCGGUUGCGACAUCCUGGUUGCCACGCCCGGCCGACUUCUUGAUCAUCUCGGCGAAGAGCAAGUACAACACCAACUUGGCUCCCUCCAGACGCUUGUUCUUGACGAGGCUGAUCGGAUGCUCGACAUGGGCUUCUUACCCGACAUCAAGAAAAUCCUGACCUAUCUUCCUGAUCUCCCACGCCAAUCAAUGUUGUUUUCCGCCACUAUUGAUGAUCAGGUAAGGAAAGUGGCGCAUCUGUUUCUGAACAAAGACCAUGAGUUUAUUUCGACCAUUGAUCCAAGUGAAGCAAACACGCAUGAGCGCGUGGACCAGUAUCUGGUCACCACUCCUAGCACGAUCGAACACGCUCCCGCCAUGGUCUCGGUCAUCGAAGACGAGCUGUCUAGUGCCGCUAACAACCAGUUCAAAGCCAUCGUGUUCGCCCCCACGGCGGCCCAUGCUGACUUUUAUGGCUCUAUUCUUUCUUCGAUGGGUACGUUGCCAAAGGUCUCGGUGCUUCAUUCUCGUAUGUCGCAGAGUAAGCGAACUCGAAUCACCGACGACUUCCGCCAAGCGACCAAUGCCAUUUGUGUCGCCACAGAUGUCAUUGCCCGCGGAAUGGACUUCCCGGGCGUCAGUCAUGUGUUUCAGAUAGGGCUACCGCUUGACAAGGAGUCGUACAUCCACCGACUUGGACGCACUGCGCGUGCCGAUGCCGAAGGCCGCGGUAUUUUUGUCUUGAGUGAAGCGGAGAAACCCUUCUUGCAUCAGUUGAAGAAGAUCAAUCUACAGCCCUAUCCAAAGCCUGUCCGGUACAGUAUCGAAGACGUUGAACCCGCUUUGGCCGAAUUGGAAAACAAAGACAAAAUCUAUCAAGCUUGGCUGGGUUAUUACAAGGCCCAUUUGAAGGUACUGGGCUGGUCCCCAGCUGACUUGGUGCGCGAGGCGAAUCGGUUUGCCCUCGAUGGACUCGAAUGUCCUGAGGUGCCUGCCUUGGAGAAGAAAACCAUCGGGAAGAUGGGGCUCAAGGGCGUGCCUGGGCUUGUUGCUAUGGCCAACGCACCUGGCUCCAACGAUCCUCGUCGACGAGGUGGCGGCGAGGGACGUCAGCAAGGCAGAGCAUCGAACCGCGGACGUGGAAGAUGAUGCUCCAAAUUGCGGUCUAAUGGCUUGAUCAAGCAGUUGGACUGGCUGGCUAGCCGUCCGGGCGCUUUGAGCCUGAUCACGCACUACCGUACUUCUAAUUAGCGAGAUGUAAUAUUAGAACGAGAACGAAGAAUAGACUAGAGCAAUUGCAUUCUUGAAAGACAUAGCUUUCACCUUGAACAGUACGAAUCGCAGGGAAGAGACGGAACCCGUUCUUCGCUCGUCUGCCUUCCUAGCUAUCUGUAGUUUUCGAGUCACUACUAUA